UAUAAUUGUUACCAUUUUAUUAAAUACAUAUUAUAGCAUAUCCUUACUAUAUAAAUUUCGUAUUUGCCAACAAAAACAGAAAGUCAUCUUCAUUAUUGGAACCAGAAAAUCGCAGCAGUUUUCGAUAGCCAUGUUUUUGUACGCCACACACCGUCUAGUGGAUAUAUUUCCCGUGGAAUAGUUGGCGGAUGGCCCCAUUUGGUGGGGUUGAGAGGCGUAGUGAAGCAUGGAGGGAGGAGUGGGAGAGUGUGGCAGUAACAACAAGGUGGUGGGUGUGCCACAGCUGACAACAGUCGGCUCUGCUCGGCCACAGUCGGUCUCCCUCGUCAAGAUCGUCACCACCACCACCCAUAACCACCUCAAUGACGUCAUCACUCGACCCUUAGAUGACGUCAUCGUCGGGCCUCUCCGUGACGUCAUUGCCACCCCUAGUGACGUCAUGGGUGCCUCUCGUGGUGACGUCACGCUGCAUGGCGGUGACGUCACGUUGUCGCACGACGCUGCUGUCGUCGCUACAGAAAGCUGCUCUACCACUGCUAACAGUCAAGUGACACCAUCUACCACCACCACCUUACUGGGAGAUGGCAAAGCAACAACCAUAACCACCUUUCAAUUAGAACCCGACUGGCGUGAGGCAGCGAGGGAACCAGUUCUCAUAGUCAGAUGCAAGAAAACUAUUGCAGAAUUAGUAAAGAGCAAGUUUGGGUCAGGUUCACGUGGAAAAUGUAUACAACUUGGGAAGCAGUGGUAUACACCCACCGAGUUUGAGGCUCACUGUGGAAGAUCAGCUAGUAAGGACUGGAAGAGAAGCAUUAGAUUCCAGGGUCAAAGUUUACUGACCCUAAUAGAAGAUGGUUUUCUGCAGGUUCAUGCUACAUCCUGUUCCUGCGGUGCUUGUCUUGAUGAUGAUGCAGCUGCUGGUUCAGUUCGUUUGCAUCGUCCAUACAAGCGGAAAAGAAGGGACAGAUUUUUUUUGGAUACUGAAAAAGCCCUUAAGCAUGGCGUAUCAGAGGACCAUACUUCUGCUACACCUACAGUGACUCUGCCAGUGUCGGGUCUUGGAGAAUUGACUGUUGUACCUGGUAUAGUGUUAGGUAGUGGGACUCCAUCAUCUGCAGGAGGCUUGACUACUGUGCCUCAGGCUACUUCCUCUAUUUCCAAUUCUGCAAGCAGCCCAUCUCCUGUAAAUCUUGCCAGUCUACCACUGGACAAGGCUUGGGAACGCAUGAAUGAGGUUCUGGCUGGUCUGGAGCAGAGUGUAUCAGGAGCACGAGUACUUUUAGAGGAAUUGAGAGAAAGAACCCAGCAAGAGGCUCUUGAGUUACGGCAGAAACUCUUGCAAGAGAAGGACGAAGCAGUGUCACAAGCAAAGUUUGAAGCUCAGCUCUCUAACAUGGCCAAGUCAUCAGAGGGGUUUCUUGUGCAAGUAAGAGAAGAUGACGGCAGCCAGUCCUUACAACCCAUAAUGUUAGAUUCUCUGAUCUCCAGCGUGCCUGACCUCAAUCCUGCUCCUCCUAUCAAUGGUGUCCGGAAAAAAUGUGUUAAUUGCAAUCGUGAGAGCGAGUCAGAAUGUUCAGGCUGUCAUAACCGAGCCUACUGUAGUGACUUCUGCCAAAGACGAGACUGGGCCAAUCAUCAGAGUGAGUGUGGCAGAUCAAGUCCCACCCCAGAAGAUCCACUAAGUACUGUUACUCAGGCUCCAGGCUACAUUUUUAUGCUUUCAGAUUAAGCAUUGUAUUAAUUGAUCAACAUAUAUUUUAAUUAAUUUUUUAAAUUAAUUUUUAUUUUGUAUAUACGUAAUUAUGUUUCAUUACUGAAGAGAUUAAUUUUAUUGUUUAAUUUAAUUUUCUGCUAACAUUAGUAAUAAUGGCUAAAACUGAGUCACUCUGCAUUAAUGACAAAUAUUUACAGUUCCUAAGCUCAUUAACUUAGGUACUAUGGUUUAAUUUUUAAGUUAGCUAUUAGAGUUUAAUUUUUAACUUAGAUGCCAUUGAUGAUCAAGAGGGUGUCUCAGAAUUUUUUUUAAUAAAGAUGCUGGUUUCAUUGUUCUUUUGCUGUUCACACAUCCAUUCUUGGACAUAAGGAUAACUCAUUUUGGUUAAUAGCCGAGGCCACAUCAUUUCUUAGUCAAGUGUAACAUAGGAUACAUGACAAUAAAUUUAAACAGAUGAAUCAAUUUUUUUUAUAUAAACUAUUAAGGUGUACCUUUGGCCAUCUGUUGAUCAAAGCUUUAUAUUGAGGGCAAUUUUCUCUGUUUAUAAAUCAACCUUUUUAACUUUUAUGCAUAUGUUAAUUGUGUAAUGAAAUUUGACUGCAGAAAGUGCUGUUUCUUACCUACAGCCAUUUUUAUGUAUGAGUAAUGAGGUUCAUCCUCUUCCUGUAGUCUUCAUUCUGCUCUCCCUGCAUUCAUCCAUCUCAUAAGGUAUCCAUGUAUGGGGCAUUGUUUCUUGCAGGUAACUUUGUCCCAUUAGUGCAUCAUGAUUUACUCUAUGUUGAGAUAUGGCCAGGAGUUCAUCUGUGGAAGAAACCAAAUAAUGUACACCAUCUGUCCAGGAACAACAUUAGUUAUGGAAGUUACUCCUAAAGUUAGUCACUGGCCCUGGUUAAGGGUACAGUAGUAGAUUUUCUAUAUAAAGUUAACCUCGUGUACUGUAUAUCCACACAGAAUAUGCAAUUAGCAUAUAAAGAGAAUUAACAUUAUAGCUAUUAUUGAGGAAACUUGCACAUUUUGAAUAGUACAAAAUAAUCUUACAAGUGAGAAAGAGGAAUGUGCUGAUGAUUAUUGAAUUAUUACCGAUUGAUAUUAAAUGUGGAAAUGUCAUUCACUUAUGUAAUAAAGAUAAAUCAAUAAUGUAUGCAUAUACGUAUUUGUUUCACAUGUAAUUAUAAAUGUAUCAUAUGAUAAUCAUCAUAAUUUCUGUAUAUAUAUUUAGAAGUUUCUAUUGUAAUUGUGUUUAGAUUUUUAAGCAUUCCCGUUGAUUUAUGCUUUCUUUUUAACAUGAGGGUUUUGUAAAUAUAAAGUUAAAUUGGUGAUAAUUUGAGUGUAGUAAGCCCUUGAUUUAAUUGACCCCAAUUUAACAAACUUUGAAAUAUGAGACAAAAUCUGGCGAGUUAGUUAAUUUUGAGACAGUGCACAAACUCUGUUGAUUACAGAGUUGUCCGUAAUUAUUCUGACCCAGCAAAACAUUCCCAUCCUUUUUUCACCACAAUCAUCAUUACUGGCCACCCGUACUUCCCUAUUAGUCCAUUAUUAAUGCAUUGUUGAUGUAACAGAUUGGUCAAGCACUGAUUUUCUAAGAUACUUUAACAAUAUUCUUUCUUUCUUUCAACAAACCGGCUGUAUCCCACCGAGGUAGGGUGGCCAAAAAGAAAAACAAAAGUUUCUCUUUUCAAAUUUAGUAAUUUAUACAGGAGAAGAGGUUACUAGCCCCUUGCUCCUGGUAUUUUAGUCGCCUCUUACAACAUGCAUGGCUUACGGAGGAAGAAUUCUGUUCCACUUCCCCAUGGAGAUAAGAGGAAAUAAACAAGAACAAGAACUAGAAAGAAAAUAGCAGAAAACCCAGAGGGGUGUGUGUAUAUAUAUGCCUGUACAUGUAUGUGUAGUGUGACCUAAAUGUAAGUAGAAGUAGCAAGACGUACCUGAAAUCUUGCAUGUUCGUGAGACAGAAAAAAAGACACCAGCAAUCCUACCAUCAUGUAAAACAAUUACAGGCUUUUGUUUUACACUCACUUGGCAGGAAGGUAGUACCUCCCUGGGCGGUUGCUGUCUACCAACCUAUUACCUAGAUUUAACAAUAUUGAUUAUAAAAUAUAAUAUGCACAUGUGUAACAUUAGAUCUGGCAAGCACUUUUAUUCCUAGUUUAGUUCUGAUAUUGUUUUAGUGUAUAACUGGAGGGGAUUUCGGGGGUUAAUGCCCCUGUGGCCCAAUCCAUGACCAGGCCUUGCGGGGGAUCAGGGCCUGAUCAACUAGACUGUUACUGCUGGCUGCACGUAAACUGAUGUAAGAGCCACAGCCCAGCUGGUCAGGUACUUACUUCAGGUGCCUGUCCAGCUCCUCCUUGAAGACAGCCAGGGGUCUAUUGUUAAUCAUGCUGAUGUAUGCUGGCAGGCUGUUAAACAGUCUUGGGCCUCUGUGUGGAUGAACUGUUGAUUGAUCUAGUCUCAUAAUUUUGCUCUGUAUUGUACUCAAGCAAAAUGACCCUAUGUAGUGUUUUCAGUGUAUGUAUUUCUUAACAUACUUUUCAUUAUUAUUAUGGAGAGUGCUAAACCUAUAGGGAUUAUACAGCACCUGAGGGGAGGGGGAUGGAAGGUAUUCAGGCUUAAUUUAGGAAAUUGGAAAACAGAUUCAAUUCCCUAGAUCAAGAGCCACUCACCAGGAUCAAGGAAUCUCCCUUGAUGGGACUAUUCAAUUCAAGCAUUGCUGUAUUUAUCAACUAAUAAUGAGAGCUUUGGAUAAUGAAGGGAUGACUCAGUGUAGCAAAGCAAGCUUUUAUUGGGACAUUUUGCUCUGUUGAGAGCCUUUUCAAACUCUAACAGAGUGACUCAUGUCUUUCCUUCACUACUGUCACCAGUAUAUCAUUUAGAGCAAAACAGUGUUUUGACAAUGAGGCAUUAAUUAAGCUACAGACUAACAUGAUGGAAACAUUACAUGCAGUAUAUUUUAAAAUGGAUAAUGGGUGAGGCAACACAAUAGUGUAAAAACUUUGUUUUUGCAUAAGUAUUACAUCAGUGAAAUUGCAAAAGGAGGCAACAAUUUACUGUAUGUCUAUAUUUUAUUGUAUUUGUGGUACCUUGAUGCUUCCUUUAUGGGUUUGCUAUCAUUAAUCUUUCAUGAAGCACUCUGUCAAAAUCCUCUUUGAAAACCAAGUUUGAAACCUCUUUGAAAACCCAUUUCCUUCCCUUAUGAUUUAUUUAGUUAUUUUUCUUUCAAUAAACUGGCUGUAUCCCACUGAGGCCUGGUUGCUUAAAAAGAAAAAUGAAAGUUUUUCUUUUUAAAUUUAGUAAUUUAUAUAGGAGAAGGGGUUACUAUCCCCUUGCUCUUGGCAUUUGAGUCACCUCUUUUGACAUGCAUGGAUUAUAAAGGAAGAAUUCUUUUUCACUUGCCCAUGGAGUUCUUGUGAUUUAUUCAACUACCAUAAUUCACUGCUUCAACUCCUGUAAUAUAGAGGAAUUUGUCACUUGACACCGAGAUGUUUAAUAUUUAGCAUAUUGUUAUUGUCUAGGAUUUCUGUCUGUAUUUGUGUCCAUAUCAGCAAUACAUUUGUCAUUUUCCAUUUGUGUACAACUUUAUAUUCUUGUAUUGAGAUUUCAAAAAUGUUCUAAAUUGGGUAGCUUAAUUUUGCUGAACACUUUUUUAAGACCCUAGGAUGAUGUCUUGUCUGAUAAUAUUUGCUGUUAAGAGGCUAGGAUGAUGUCUUGUCUGAUAAUAUUUGUGGUACUUUGAGUUUCAAACAGCUCCCAACUCGAACAAUUAUGUAACUAUUUUUGUAAGUGGUUUUGUAAGUGUAUUUUUGGGGGUCUGAAAUGGACUAAUCUAAUUUAUAUUAUUCCUUAUGGGAACAAAUUCAUUUGGUAUCGGCACUCGAACAGCCUUCUGGAACAAAUUAAGUUCAUAACUCGAGGUACCACUGUAUCUAUAAUAGUAAUAAUAAUAAUGUGUGAGUGAGGUGAAAGUGUUGAAUGAUGAUGAAAGUAUUUUCUUUUUGGGGAUUUUUUCUUUUUUGGGUCACCCUACCUCAGUGGGAGAUGGCCGACUUGUUAAAAAAAAAAAAAAAAACCUUUAUUUACUACAAGUACUGUACAUGUAUGUGGUAUACAGGCCUAGCUGACAUCAGUGACAUACUACUAUACAGAAAGUCCCUUGUUAUGCAGAGCAUUUCGGGCAAAUUAGGUCCUUGUCCCAGAAUGCGACCCACACCAGUCGACUAACUCCUAGGUACCCAUUUUACUGAUGGGUGAACAUAGACAACUGGUGUAAAGAAACACGCCCAAUGUUUAUACCUGCGCCGGGAAUCAAACGUAGACCCUCAUUAUGUGAAGCGAGAGCUUUAAUGAUCAGGCCAUGGGGCACUGUGGUAAACUAAUUAUAGUUUCUUUAUUCUUUUCAUCGUUAUUUUAAUUAGCUCUAUCUUAGCUAUGGGUGUUCAAGCUUUCUUUCAUUAAGGUCUUUUAUUUUUUAAUACACUGGUUUUUAAUAUUUAGUAUGUUUCACCUUUUUUGCUCAGAUUUAGCAAUUUUAUUGUCAGUUUUAAUUCUUUGCAAUUUGUCAUAAACCUCUAAUUUGUUUUUUUACUUAAAUAAGAAAUUUGGUUUUGUCUUACUUUUGCCUAUUGUUUCUGCUGCACAUUGUUCUUCACUCUAUACACUAUUGAUAAUGUAUUGUAUCUGUAUUCAGUUCUGGCCACAGUAACACUUUACUUACCAAUGAAAAUCAGAGUUAGACUCUCUCAGACUUUAUAGCUCAGUUUGCCUCCUUCUGCCUUCCAUAUCCCCCCCUUCACAUCCUUUUUCUGUACCAGUAGCCUAGCCCUUGUUCUCAAUAUGUAACUAUUCCUACAUAGAAUAAGAUAGUGGCACAUUGCAGAUGUAUCCAAUUUUGUUAGAUAAUAAAAAAUCUAUCCUAGUUUCUACUCUGCGAGAUGGAACCAGUCAGGAUAAGAUGAUCAGUUUUCAACCAGCUGUGCUGCAGUCUUCUCUCAGGGAAGGUACCUUGAUGCUGGUGAGUGGUCUUGAUCCAAGAAAGAGGCCUAUCCUUCUCCUUAGAUCGAAUGUUACUGUGGUACUGCAAGUGAGAGUUAUGAUGUUCCCAUCUUUGUAGGUUCAUUGUGCAUUUUGUAUUUCUGGUUAAUGUAGAAGAGUAUGACAUAAGUUAUGGUUGGAAGUUCAUUUUAGUUAUUGAUCUGUCCAUUACUUUUAGUAAAGUAAAACACUCAUUAACUGAUUAAUUGGGGAAAAAGGGUGUUUGAUAAUGCCAAAUUGUCUGCAACUUCUUAAUUAUGAAAAUAAUAUUUCAAGAUGAGCUGAUUGUCUUCUGAAGUAAUGGACUUGGCCUGCUAAUACAGAAGACAACCAGACACUAAAAAUAUGGGUAUUGUAACCUGUAGUAUUACAGUACAAUAAUGUUCUGUAUAAUAAUUUUAUAAUACUCUGUGUAAUUUACAGUAAUUUUACUUAUAUUUUUGUGGUGGAGAUGAGGUGUAAACUGCUGUGAUUGAUAGAGCUGUAAAGCUCUACCAGUGAAAAUAAUGUAGAUGGCUGACAUGUAGAAGGAUGAGAAGAUAUAGAUGGCUGAGAAGAUGUAAAUGAGUGAGAAGACAGAUUUCUGAGAAUCACACUGAGAACCAUACAUUUUCUCUUGGCACCACUACUUCUUUUAGAAGCCAAUGUUAAUUGCACUCUAUGUAAUACUGUAUGUUAAUAAAGUCACACAAAAUGCUCUAAAUCCAGGGAAAAUUUGAGACUGAAUGAAGAAUGUAUGCAUGAGUGAGUACAAACAAUAAAGUAGCAUGGGUGGCCUAUGACUCAGGGAACAAUGAAAACUGACAGGUAUUGGAUGUGUAUGUUAUGGCCGGUGCUGGACAAAUGUUGGAAUUGGUGGACUUGGCUUGACACUUCAGGAGAUAACCAGAUACUCUCAUUGCUAUGAAUAAAAUGUGGAAUUAUGGACUCUUGUACAUUUUGUCUGAUAAUUAGAGUGUUUAUCAGGCCAUUUUUUUUUUUGUCCAAAAUUGUUGAAAUCCAUUAAAGAAGGAUCUGUUUAUGAGAGGUUUUACGGUAUUUAAAAAUCACUGUCUGAUGUAAAGCAUAUUAACCUGUUCUGCAGUGUAUUAUUAUUAUUUGUGACAACUGACACCUUGUUGUCUAUGUAAUUAUGUAGUCACUUCAUUAUUCUCUGUCUACAGAAAUUAGCCUGAGCUAUAUUGGUGUGUUUAUAGUGGUCUAUUGUUUUUUGCCCAUUUUUUAUUUAUAGUGGUCUGUUAUUUAUCAGUUAUCAGUAUUAUUUUGAGUGAUUAUUAUGGUGCAUUUGUUGUAUGAAUUGGCUUUUGUGUUUUGAAAUAUUCAGCUCCUAUCUCUGAAUUAUUCUUGUUUGGAAUUUAUCUUGAAUUCUAGCUGUAGUUAUAUUUAUACAGAUUAUUAUAUAUU